GGGUCCUGCAGAUUACAACAGUUGACUUUGUUUUCUGAUAUAUCAUCUAUCUGUGAAGACUUUUUAACCACCUGCUCCUCCAGCUUCCAGUUCAAAUAUUUUCCUGAUCUAUUUUCCUUUCCUGAUCUUCUCAGAUCAAAAACACAACUUCGGUUUUCUUUCCCUUUUUCUCCCUAUAUGUUCUUCUGAAUAUCGGGUCUUGUUCCUUUAUUUUCCUUUCCUGCAAAUUCUCUCACUUUCUACGCCUGGGGUAAAUCUGUUCUUCGUCAGAAAAGUGAAUUUCUCUUCUGAAUUCUGUCGUCUCCAUUCAAAGUCAGUGGCUCACUCUGUUGAAUCUCGUUAAAACUGAAAUGGGUUGUUGUUUUUCCGACGGAAAAGGCUCGGACCGGCCAGAGAAUGAGUACAGACCCGUAGCGGGCACCGGCCAGAAGCCAUACCAAUUCGUGGCUCCACAAACCAAACCCACCAACCACAUUCCGGCUGCGGCCCGUCAACAUCUGGCGGCUCCUGCGCAUAGUCUAAUACACGUUCAUAGACAAGAUACAAUACUGGGUAAACAAUUUGAAAAUGUGAAGCUGUAUUAUUCCAUGGGUAAAGAACUGGGUAGAGGUCAGUUUGGGGUAACUUAUCUGUGCACAGAGAAUUCCACCGGCAAGAAAUAUGCCUGCAAGUCAAUAUCUAAGAGAAAACUUGUUAAUAAAAGUGAUAAGGAAGAUAUGAAGAGGGAGAUUCAGAUUAUGCAGCAUCUUAGCGGGCAACCAAACAUAGUUGAAUUCAAGGGUGCUUAUGAGGAUAGGCAAUCUGUGCAUCUGGUAAUGGAGCUCUGCGCUGGUGGUGAACUUUUUGAGAGGAUAAUUGCUAAAGGGCAUUAUAGUGAAAGAGCUGCAGCUUCUAUUUGCAGAGCUAUUGUGAAUGUUGUGCAUAUAUGCCAUUUUAUGGGUGUGAUGCAUAGAGAUUUGAAGCCUGAGAAUUUCUUGUUGUCUAGCAAGGAAGAGAAUGCCCUUUUGAAGGCUACCGAUUUCGGGCUGUCGGUGUUUAUCGAAGAAGGAAAGGAAUACCAGGACAUUGUUGGGAGUGCAUAUUACGUUGCUCCUGAAGUAUUACAACGCAAAUAUGGAAAGGAAAUUGACAUUUGGAGUGCAGGAGUUAUAUUGUAUAUUUUACUAAGUGGUGUACCUCCAUUUUGGGCAGAAACAGAAAAGGGGAUCUUUGCAGCUAUACUAGAAGGAAAUAUUGACUUUGAUAGUGAUCCAUGGCCAACCAUAUCAAACAGUGCCAAGGAUUUGGUCCGCAGAAUGCUGACGCAGGACCCAAAACAGAGGAUCACUUCAGCUCAAGUUCUUGAGCACCCUUGGAUUCGAGAAGGUGGAGAUGCAUCUGACAAACCAAUUGACAGUGCUGUUCUUUCUAGGAUGAAACAAUUCAGAGCAAUGAACAAACUAAAGAAACUUGCACUAAAGGUCAUCGCAGAAAAUCUCUCAACAGAAGAAAUUCAAGGGCUCAAGGCAAUGUUUACUAACCUGGACACUGAUAAAAGUGGCACGAUCACCUAUGAUGAACUGAAGACAGGAUUAGCUCGAUUAGGAUCAAGUCUUACGGAGGCUGAAGUAAAGCAACUCAUGGAAGCUGCUGAUGUGGAUGGAAACGGGACGAUUGACUACAUUGAGUUUAUCACUGCAACAAUGCACAGACACAGGCUAGAAAGAGACGAGCAUCUUCACCAAGCUUUCCAACAUUUUGAUAAGGACAAUAGUGGAUUCAUCACAAGAGAUGAGCUAGAAGCAGCCAUGAAAGAGUACGGGAUGGGCGAUGAUACUACAAUUAAGGAGAUAAUUUCUGAAGUUGACAUAGACAAUGAUGGAAAAAUUAACUAUGAGGAGUUCUGUACAAUGAUGAGAGGUGGAACCCAACAACAAGCAAGUCUAUUCUAGAUCAUUAGCAGUUGUUAAUGAUUCCAUAGAAUUUCCUAAAAAAGCUUACUUUUGUUUGGGUCAAUUCUAAAAUUUUUCCUUGAAUGUUUUAUGUGCAUAAGUAUUGACCCAUCUUCGUUUACUUUAGUUUCUUCUUUUUUCGCCGUAAUAUUAUUAAUUUUUUGUUUUCCUGCAAUCUUUCAGGAGUUCAUGUUUUAAUGUUAGUUUCAUUUGAACAAAGAAUUCAUUUGCUGGAUUUCUGUAUGAUUCAUCACAAUGAGGGUUUGCCUGAGAUUGAGCUAAUUAAUUUUAUUCACUUCA